UGAAAAGGUCUAUUACUUCAUGGUUUUAUUAUAAUAUUUAACAUUUAAAUUAUUAAGAUUCAUUAGUACUAUGUAUGAAGACGUUAAUAUCUGAGGGAAAGCGUGGGAUGCAGCUGGAUGAUUUAGACUUCGCAGAUGAUCUGGCCCUCCUAUCGCAAACGCAACAACAAAUGAAGGAGAAGAUGACUAGUGUAGCAGCAGCCUUAGCAGCAGUAGAUCUCAAUAUACAUAAAUGGACAAGGAAGAUUCUCCGAUACAACACAGCAUGCACCAAUCCAAUCAUAAUUGGCGGAGAAGAUUUGGGAGAUGUGAAAACCUUUACAUAUUUGGGCAGCAUCAGUGAUGAACACGGUGGAUCAGAUGCAGAUGUGAAGGCAUGGAUCGACAAAGUAAGAUCAGAAUGUUUAGAACUUAAGAAUAUCUGGAAUUCAAAGCAACUGUCAACCAACACUAAAGUCAGGAUUUUCAAUACAAAUGUCAAGACAGUUCUACUAUAUGGGGCAGAAACCUGGAGAACUACGAAAGUCAUCAUCCAGAAGAUACGAGUAUUUAUUAACAGUUGUCUACGCAAAAUACUUCGGAUCCGUUGGCCAGACACCAUCAGCAACAACCUAUUGUGGGAGAAAACAAACUAGAUCCCAGUGGAGGAAGAAAUCAGGAAGAAGCAAUGGAAGUGGAUAGGACCCACAUUGAGGAAAGCACCCAAUCGAGUCACAAGACAAGCUCUCACAUAGAAUCUUCAAGGCAAAAGGAGAAGAGGAAGAUCAAAGAACACAUUACGUCGAGAAAUGAAGACAGAUAUGAGAAGAAUGAAUAACAAUUGGAUAGAACUAGAAAGGAAGUCCCAG